AUGAAGAUUGCCUCGUUCAGCUCUGCGGUGCUAUUGGCCGCAUCGGCCGUUUCUGCAGCCAGCAAUAUUGCCGUGUACGAAUUCCCCGGCAAGCACAAUGCCGAGGUGCCCCGGGUGUCGUUGAAGUCCUCGUUGUUAUAUUUGGCAGACAAGUUUGGCGCCGGCGAAUACUACUCUAUCGGCCACAAAGACAAGGCUGUGGAAUUUCUUGAUCUCGUGCAUGGAAAGGAGGCCGGGAAACCGGACUUGUUGGUCAUCCUUAAGGGUGUGGACACCCCCGAACGGAUCCUCGACGACUGGGCGCCGACUUUCGAGAUCGAAACGGGCACAAACAAAAAAGUGGCGCCUGGUCUCGUCAAAGUGCUUUUCAAAAAACUCCCCAAGCAAGUGGCGGGGGCCCAGUCCGCGCUGCGGGUGUCGCACUUGACCGAGGAACUCAAGUACGUUUCUUCGGGCUUUGCUGGAGGUGACGACAUGCCUCAACAGUUCAAGCACUUCAACCUCGAGUUGCCGCAAGCCUGGGCCAAGUUGGUCAGGCACUCUGCCGACGAGGCCGAGAACACUCAGCACGUGAUGGGUGCGCUGUCGUCCGGCUUGAAGCUCGUCAACGACAAGCUCUACAUCAACGAAAUCAUGCAGAUGGUCAAGUUGGGCUCCUCGGAAAACCACACGGAUGCAUUUGCCGUGGCCAACUUGGACUCUCUCCUUUCGAUCGGCCACCGUAUCGGAUACAACUCGCGUACUUACAAUGUGGCCAAGGGCGCGUUGCUCCAGAGCAUCGUGGCGUUGGACUCCAAGUUUGACAUCACGCUUGUGGCCGUGGGCCCCGACCACAAAAUCGCGUCCGACCACCUGCAAUUGCUGAAGAGAGCCAGCGAGCUUGACGGUGUGUUCUCCACGUUUUCCAAAAGAGGCACCAGUGGCGCCAACUCCUGCUUUGCCAACGAGGCCGAGUGUGAUGCUUCCACCAAAAGCUGCAGCGGCCAUGGCUCCUGCACGAACGUGCAAGAGGGCUGCUGGCAAUGUUUGUGCUCGGCCACUCAGGACAAGAAGACGUCCAAAACUACGAAGUGGGCCGGGUACGAUUGCAGCAAGAAAGACAUUGCAGCACAGGCACAUCUCUUGUUGUGGACAUCUGUUGUCUUGUUGGCCACGUUGGUUGGAGGAGUCAAGCUUCUUUUUGGCGUGGGCAGCGACGCAUUGCCUGGAGUUUUGCAAGCCGCCACCAUCGACACCUCGAGAUAA